AACAGAUAACUUUGGCGGAAUCCACUCGUACUCUCAACAGGAUCUGGACUUUGUUACUACACAUGCAAUAGGCUAGGACAUCAGAUGUCUUUCAGGGACUACCGAUGGUUUGGCUGGUGAAGAUGUAACACCUUCCAAUUAUUCACAGGGUACAUCAUUUGCUACCGCUGCAGUGAGUGGCUUGGCAGCAUAUUACUGGACUCUGCCUGCACUUUAAGCAUCGAUUGAUAUUAGAGAUGGUACGGUAAACGAAAGGAUACGAUCUAAGAUUGUAACCAACCAGUGGAACAGGCCUGAAGGCUCAUCGCCCUUCUCCAACCGUCUGUAGGUGUGGCAUGGAAUAUGCAACAAUCUCCUUUGAAUAUUUGUCCUGCGACCGGCGCUGGCAAAAACAAACGCCAAUGUCAGCCAGCCUCGAGCUCACCAAGUCAAAGCGAGCUAGUGUCAACCUCCCCAAGCUCGAGUCCACCAUCUUCGAGUCCACCAUCUUCGAGUCCACCAUCUUCGAGUCCACCAUCCUCCACUCCUCCAAGCUCAACAACAACAUCACUUCCACCCUUGACUACAACAUCUACCAGUUGUACCCAAAUGACCACAACGGUAGUCUGCAACAGAAGCGGAGGCAACUCAGCUUGCAAUACGACGUCCGUCUGUGGCAACAGUUUUCCUCCCUCUUCAACACAGACCUACAGCCCAUCCUCAACAACCACCUCGAACGAAGUCGUCUCAACAAGCCUCACCCUUCGCUACCUACCCAUCGGAACACCGUCCUGCCUCCCAGAAGCCGACCUCGGCUUCGACGACGUAUCAGCCAACGCCGCCAUCAACGACUUCUGUGCCAAAGACGUAACCGUCUACGCACGGUACCCCAACAUGGAUCCCUUUAUGCUGUACCACGAUACUGGAAACGGACCUAACUAUGCCAUCAAUAUUACUUUGAGUUGA